CGCGCUUGUCCCUCCCUCAAUGGAUUCUUUACAAAUUAGGCAGAUGCUGAGCUUGCCUGCCGAGCUCGCCAGCAACAACUUAGAGCUGGCGGAGCCGGAGGCAUCAGUGACCCGAGUAGAUACGGAUAAUCCGGAGGCGACUACAGAAGGUCCGGCACCUCUACCGACGCCGGAGUCGCAGCCAGAGCCGGAGCAGCAGCAGCCUCCCACGGCCUCGACGCCGGAGUGCAAAGUCCUGCUCACGCAGGCCGACGCCCUGGCGUCCGAGGGGCGCCUCCGGGAAGCCCUUGAGAUGUAUAGACAGCUGUCGGAGCGGCAGCAGCUGGUGGCCGAGCAACUGGAGCAGCUGGUGCGCUGCCUGGCCGAGAACAUCCCGCGAGGAGAGGCGCUGGCGCCAGUGCCUGCGGACCGGAGCAGCGCGACGAGCUGCGUGGUGGCGGCGGAAGAGGUAGGGGUGGCAACAGCCGCCGAGGCCACGGAGGUGUGGGAUGGCUUCAAGUGCCGGAAGUGCCAUGGGUUUCUGUCGGACCCCGUGUCCCUAUCGGCGCCGCCGCCGCUGCGUGUCAACGUGGUGCUCAGCGGUCUCCUCAGCAAGUUGUUCCCUGGUCCGGCACGGGCGUCGCAACUCCGGCACGAGGGCAACCGGCUGUACCGAGAGCGCCAGGUGGAGGCAGCGCUGCUCAAAUACAACGAGGCAGUCAAACUAGGCCUAAGACUGGGGGCCUUGAUAGUGCAGUGGGACACAGGCCUGAGUAAGCAGUGGACCCUUUUGGAUGAAAUGGGAAAAGUGUCUUCCCCAGUGAAGAAAGGGUUGAUGGGAGAAUUAUAUAGGAGUUUCCAUUCCCCACAGGCGCACUUCAGAAAGGCGCAAGCCUUAGCCACACUAGGCAAGGUGGAGGAAGCACUAAGAGAGUUUCUGUACUGCGUGUCACUGGAUGGAAAGAACAAAAGAGCAAGAUCUGAAGCCCAAAGGCUUCUCCUUAGUUUCUUUACACCAUCAGUCCCAGGGGAGUCUCAGGAAUAUUCUCCUGAUAUCCUGAAGCUGUUGGCACCUCACCCUAGAUUAAAGGAACACGUAGAGUCAAUGGCUUCUGAAGUCGCCAGCCAUAAUCUACCCAAGUUGUCACAGGAAAACGAGGAGCUCCCACAUUGUUCUAGACGGGAGGAAGCAGCAGCCAGCGGGGACUGCGCCAUCCCGAGGAGCCCAGAGAAGGCAAAGGAGGGCGAGCAGGACGGCAGCGCCGACGACCAGGAAGGGGAAGAGGAGGACAGCCGGUGCGCUGCCUCUCCUGAAGCUGCCUCCAAGACUGGCAAAUGCCAGAAAAAGAAAAGGAAACAUUGUCAAGUUGAACCCCAAGACCCAGAGGUGCCUCAUAAAGUCUCUAAGCCAGAUGCUCCCGUUGAUCUGGAGGCCAAGCCUGCUCCCAGUGUUCCCCUUCCAUCUUUCGAUGCAGCGGACCUGGAGUGCGCCCUGUGUAUGAGACUGUUCUAUGAGCCAGUUACAACACCUUGUGGGCACACCUUUUGCUUAAAAUGUCUCGAAAGAUGCCUAGAUCACAAUGCGAAGUGUCCACUGUGCAAAGACGCCCUUUCGCAGUGCUUGGCAUCAAAAAAGUACAGCAAAAAUAUCAUAAUGGAAGAACUAAUAGCUAAAUUCCUUCCAGAAGAAUUCAAAGAACGAAGGAGGCUUUAUGAAGAAGAAAUGGAAGAACUUUCUAACUUAAAUAAGAACGUGCCUAUUUUUGUAUGUACUAUGGCUUAUCCCACCGUUCCUUGUCCCCUGCACAUAUUUGAGCCUUGUUACCGUCUGAUGAUUCGAAGGUGCAUUGAGACAGGCACAAGACAGUUUGGCAUGUGCCUUGGAGAUCCCGUCAAAGGGUUUGCAGAAUAUGGCUGCAUCCUGGAGAUCAGGAAUCUUCAGUUCUUUGCCGAUGGCCGUUCGGUGAUUGACAGCGUAGGCAAGAGGCGCUUCAGGGUCCUCAAUCAGGGCCAGCGGGAUGGUUACAACACAGCCGAUAUUGAAUACAUAGAAGACCAAAAGGUUGAAGGAGAGGAUUGUGCUGAGCUCAUGGGCUUACAUAACUGUGUCUAUGAGCAAGCAUCAUUGUGGUUUCAUUCGCUCAAAUCAUCUCUGAAGAAUCGGAUAGUCAAUCACUUUGGUCCAAUGCCAGAAAAAGAUGCGGAUCCCCAGAUUAACCCUAAUGGUCCAGCCUGGUGCUGGUGGACAUUAGCGGUUCUUCCCCUGGAAAGCCGAGCUCAGCUCCCGUUCCUAGCGAUGAGGUCCUUAAAGGAUAGAUUGAACGGUAUUCGGCGAAUCCUGGCCUUUAUUUCCAGAAACCAAAACUAG